AUGCCGAGCCCCGAGAGAAGGGAGUUGGCAGAGGCUGUUGUCCGCCACCUGCGCCGCGCCGGCGUGAGACUCAAGCGCUGGAAGCCCCCCCUGAGCGACUCGCCCUGCCAGGAGAAAUCUCCCCUGGCAUCACCUGCCGGCCCGUUCGGGACCCCGCUGCACGCGCUGCCCCUCUCGGAGAGUGUGGAGGGAGUACCGCGGUUCCUGGUGCAGAUCUGCGAGGCCCUGCGGCGGCAUCUGCACACGGAGGGGCUGUUCCGGAAAUCCGGCUCCGUGACCCGCAUCAAGGCCUUAAAGGCCCAGCUGGAGGCCGGGGAGAGCUGCCUGGACUCGGCUGCCCCCUGCGACCUGGCUGCCCUGCUCAAACAAUUCCUACGGCACCUGCCCGAGCCCCUGAUCCCGGCCGAGCUGCAGGAGCCCUUGUGCCGCGCCCAACAGCACCCAGCCGAGGGCGAGCGGGGCCCCCUCACCCUGCUGCUGAGCUGUCUGCUGCCCCGCCACAGCGCCCGCGCCCUCCGCUACUUCUGCACCUUCCUGCGCGACGUGGCGGCCAGGUGCCAGGAGAACAAGAUGGACGAGGCCAACCUGGCCGUGAUCUUCGCCCCCAACCUCUUCCCCAGCUGUGCGCUGAGUGACGCGCCGGGCGCCGAGCGGCGGCUGCUGCUCCAGGCGGGUGCUGUGCAAGCCCUGAUCAGCCACGCGCCCCACAUUGGCAGAGUCCCCCAGUUUCUCCUGGACAAACUCCCAGCUCCUGCCCCUGACCCAGACAGCGGCUGCCAGAGCCAGGCGGGGCCCGGGGAGGCUGGAGACGGGCUGACGGAGCGGAACCAGAGACUUCGCCGGAGGAGCGUUGGCGACAUUGUGAACGGGGCCCUGACCAAACUGAGAGUGGGGCGUGGCGCUGUGGGGCUGGGAGUGGACUCCCCGAGCGGCUCCAGCCUGGUGCCCCAGACGACCCCCUUCAGCGCCAAGCGCAAGGCCUUGGAGGAGCUGGUCCAGGAGGCCCUGCUGGGCACCAAGAAGCGGAGACCCGCUGUGGGGCCGGCUGGCUCGGAUCUGUCCACGGACGAGGCCGGGGACCCCUUGGAUCAGCCCCCGGAUGAUGCUCCUGCCAGCCCCCCCGAGGUCUUCACCGACAGCCCCCCAGAGCUGCCCCCCGCUGCAGGGACUCUGCCCCCCAGUGCCGGCCUGCACCGAAGGAAGAGCAGCUGCAAGAGGCAUCCUCAGAGGAAGCUCUCUGCCCGAUCCGCCCGCGGCUCCCCAGACCCCUUCGAGCGGCAGGACGCGGGGCGCAAAUCCUUGCGUAUUUUCGCCCGUAGCGGGAAGGAACUGCCUCCCCCGGACCUCGCCAAGCGGGACGCCAAGGCCCCCGAGCCCAGCAGCUGGCACCAGAUGAAGAGGGUGGUGGCAGACUCCCUGGAGGGGCACCGAGCCCCACAGAGCUGGGUCCCGCUGCCCUUGUCCAGGCCCACGGAGCCGGAUGAUGGGACACCUGCUGUGGAAGACCCCACUGCCGGGCACAGCAAGCGAGACCCCGUGUCCUGGGCGGGAUCUGCGGACGCCGGCAAGAAGCCGUGCACCAAGGAGCUGGACCUGGAGGCCUGGUUCGGAAGCUGCCCUGGGGUCCCCCGCAGGCAGCAGCGGGCCCUGCGCAGGUCCCUGAGCUGGCCGGAGGGCCUGUCGGGGGCAGAGGGCAGCGUCAACGACCCCCCAGGAGCAGCCGGGUCGGGCAGCUCCCCAUCCCGCCCUGGAGGAGGUGAGAUGGAGCCACUGGAUGAUGCCCCGGGGAGCCGACCUGGCCUGGAGCCGCUGGGCACGCCCAUGCUGUGCAUCACACUGGCCCCUGGCGGUACUGUGCCCGGCUGCCUGGGGGCUGGGGAGGGUGGCCCGGAGGAGGAGGAGCGGCCGGCUCCUGGCUCUCUUGCCCAGCAUCUUCCCAGCCCUGACGGUGCCCCCAGGCGCCAUGUGAAGCGACUGACCCUGGCCUUCCCGCGCUCCCCUGCCCAGCCCGCCGGAGCCGGCACCCCCAAGCGGGUGGCCCGGGGCCGGCGCUUCGGGCGCUCGCUCAGCCAUGAGAGUGCCCUGCCCAGUGGGGUCCAGGCCCAGGCCUCGGGGCGGGACGACUCUGGCCUGCAGCCCCCCAAGAGUCCACUGAGCUACUUCCGGGCCUGCGGGCGGCAGAUCUUGGUCAGCCACAAGCACCUCACCCUGGCCUUUGCGGGGCUGCGGGGCCGGAGGGAGCCAGGCAGGGCCGUGCCCACCGCCAGCCCCCAGGACGUGGCCCCCGCCGGCCCCUCCUGCGACCCCCAGCUCCAGCAGCUGCUGGGGGCCGAUCGGCACCACUCCCCAAAAUCCCCCCCUGCCAGCUACUAAACUCACUGCCAGCCAGGGCUCCCUGGAUCUGUGAAGGGGGGGCCCAGUCUGUCUGGUUGGGCUGGUGCACGCCUCCCCCCCCCCGAUUGUGCAGCAUUCCCCUGCCUUCGGGGGAGCAAACUGGGCCCGGAAGUUUGGAAUCCCCUGGGCUGCGACCGAGAGAUCCCCUCGCCCUCCGGACCUGCGUGUGACCCAAACCGGAUGGGGCUGACGGCCGUGCACCCCUGGGCACCGCCGCUGCCUCCCCUUAGCAGCCACGUCCUCACCUGGUCCCUUGGGCAGAAUUCUCUUUGUGCAUUUCAGCCCCCGGGCGGCAAUUCCCGAGCCGCUCUGCGCCCUCGCCCGCUGGCCUCUGGGGAGCUGGCUCGUCCUGGGGUCGAAUUCCCGGCAGAGAAAUCGGCCUUGGGUUUUUUUAUCCUGUUAUCGACUGGUACCAGCUCCUCGCGCCUGGGUUUCUGCUGCCAGCUUUCACGCCUUGGGCUGCAGGUUCUGCGUUUCGCUGUGGGGUGGAGGGGGGGUGAGAGCACACCGCUUGUUUCUGGAGACGGGCCGUGAUACAGAUACAAGGUGUAGGGACUGGGGUGUCUUUUUCCCAAGCCGGGGGCGUGCGGGGUCUCCCCUCGGGGCUGCACUCAAUACUUCUGAAAGCCAGAAGGCCCCUGGGGUCGAUGUUUCUUUCCUUUCAAAUGUUUAA